UUUGGAUGGUGUCUCUUUAAAAGGCGAUCCUCUCUCUGAUAUUGAAGGGGCAUGUCUUUUUAAACGGCUUUAGUCGAACCUCUAUUACGUUAUGUAUAAGUUUGUGCUUUUUUUGUAUGAUUUAAUGGCGCUAAAUGUGGAAUGGAGCAAACGUUACGUGCAUAUAGACGAUGCAGCAAACUGUCAAGGUCAGGUCGCCGUUAUGCUUUGAGUUGACGCCUUACAACGCGAAAAGGCAAAGGGAGAUGAUUGAUUUCGCCUUUAUUGCAAACCUCAUUACUGAUAGGGAAGCGCGUGCCCCUCUCUUGUCGAGUUAUUAAAAGGGACUUGAAAGGAAAUUGUCAAGAUGGCAGCGACAAAAGAUAUGGGAAUGCACGGAUCCUUGAUUUUUUGCUUUCAUUUUUUCCAAAACGUGUUUUGAGACUGAAUCGAUGGGGUGAUCGCCGGAUCCUUCCUCAUGGGAAAUGCUACUUGUUUUUGUUUGCAACUUGGGCACGUUUUCUCUCCUAGGAUUUCUCGCUAAAUGAGACACUUUUGCCGUCCGCAGCCGCAUCGCAUCAGUGCCGUUGCGUUAGGCAGGAAGAGCAUUCCCUCAACUGGCACAACCUAGUUUCAUACUGUAUAAUAGAUAGGGGGAGAAAAAAAAACUAACCAGUCCAAGUGGCUGUUGUAAAACAAUCUGCAGAGCGAGGGGCUAAGCCAAAGCGAGAACAGCCGUGAUACAUCCGAGAGUAGCCAAAAUUUCGCUAUUUCGCCAACCUGCCUGAAAAAAAUCGCCUCCAUCUAUUUGAUCUUGCUGUUGUGGCACUAUGUGAAAUAGCGAUUCGACUGCAUUAUUGAACACCAGUUUGCAAGUUUAGCCUUACUGUGUUUUACUUUUGGAUGCAUUAUCAGGAAAAUGAUUGUUGUGGAAAUACGAUCCUCGAGAGUUUGGAUUUUUAAUUUUUGCAAUAAGCGAUUUCUUAAGGAAAUCUUGCCAAUAACCUUGAAAUAGACAGGAAACACGUGCAGACCUGUUCGCAAGACAGCUACUGAAUGAGGCAAAAUAUUUACUAAUCUCAGCGGAGCAACAUAACACCGUAGAUUGACCGUUCGUUUACUGUUACCCAAGCAUUAAUACAUUUCCUCAAACUGAAUUUUAGGGCAAAUUGGUUUUUUACAUUCUCUUUUAUUUUUUUGAGCAAAUUAUUUUUUACAGUUCUUUUAUAAAUCACUGCAGGGGAAAUGUGUUACUAGAUACUUUCUUGAAUGACAACAGAGAUCAACGAAACUGAAAAGAUUAUGGCACUCGCUCCGGCAACUGAUCCUAUUUCUUCGGCGGAUAUUGAGAUAGACCCAGAUUUUGAGCCACAAAAAAGACCAAGAUCGUGCACUUGGCCUCUGCCUAGACCUGAAUCAAAUGGCAACAAAAGCGAACUGACUGAUGCGGACAUAAUCCCCGAAGAGGUGGACGAUGGAGAGGACGCCGCUGGAUCUGCCAGCCACGAUGCCAGCAUCGCAACCGAGGACCGAACCAGCUCCGGCGGAAUAAACGGAGCCCCGGCCGGCGGGGACUGCGCCGAUUCACGGCUUAAUUCACAAUCUCUGGCUGCGGUGGACAACAGUUCCAACAACGACAGUCCGAGGCCACAACAGCCGCGGAAGUCCUGCCGGAGAAAUGCCUGGGGUAACCUCUCCUAUGCGGACCUCAUCACUACAGCAAUAGAGAGUUCGCCCGAGAAAAGGCUAACCCUGUCCCAAAUCUAUGACUGGAUGGUCAGGUGUGUGCCAUACUUUAAGGAUAAGGGCGACAGCAACAGUUCGGCUGGAUGGAAGAACUCUAUCCGGCACAAUCUGUCCCUCCACAGUCGUUUCAUUCGGGUGCAGAAUGAAGGUGCCGGCAAGAGCUCCUGGUGGAUGGUCAACGCCGAGGGUGGGAAAGGCGGCAAGGCCCCGCGGCGGCGAGCUAUGUCUAUGGACAACUGCAACAAGUACACCAAAAGUCGCGGACGGGCAACCAAGAAGAAGGUAGCCAUGCUGGCUGCUCGUGAAGGUAGCGUAGAGAGUCCGCCGGGCCUCGCCCAGUGGUCCGGGAGCCCCACCUCCCGCAGUAGUGACGAGCUCGACGUCUGGAUGGACUUCCGCUCACGUACCAGCUCCAAUGCUAGCACUGUCAGCGGCCGCCUAUCUCCUAUCCUAGCCAAUCCUGAGCUGGACCAGGUGCCUGACGACGACAUGCCGCUCUCCCCCAUGCUGUACUCCAGCCCCAGUGGGGUAUCCCCCUCGUUUAGCAAAGCCUCCCCCUCAGAGUUACCCUACCUGGCUGACCUGGCUGGAACCAUGAACCUGAAUGAGGGCCUCUCUGACAGCCUCAUGGACGACCUCUUGGAUAACAUGAGUUUCACCUUAUCUCAGCAGCAGUCUCUGGGAGACGCCGAUAGUGGCAGUGAGACUGGCAGUGCCCUGCACAGGAGCUCCAGCUUGACGCUGGACCCCAAAAACAGCGGUUUGGGUUCUCCUCCUGGCAGCUACACCAACUCCGUGUACGACGCCGUAUCCCUGCGCUCGUCGCCCAUGCAGACCAUCCAGGAGAACAAGCCUGCCACCUUUUCUUUUGUUUCCCUCUUCGGAAGCCAGAACCCGUGUUCCGAUCUGCUUCGCCACAGCGAUGUCAUGAUGACGCAGUCCGACCCACUGAUUUCACAGGCCAGCCUCCCGGCUUCUUCUCAGUUCCUACGUCGCAACAACGUGCUGCGCAAUGACCCCAUGAUGUCCAACAACCUCUGUUCGGUGAACCACUCCGGUCAGUCCCAGAACUCCUUGCUGAUGGGCUGGCACACCAGCUUGUCCUCCACCAAGGAGGACCUUGAGUUGACCAACGAGGCAAAUAACCUCAAAUCUGUCAGGCAAAAGCUCCAGUCACCUAUGCAAACUGGUUCCUCUGAGUCCUUCAUGUAUCCCAUCUCCAAUGGUGGCGGCGUCUCCAUCCCACUCACCAGCCAGGAACAUUACCUCAGUGACCCAGACCUGGACAUGCUCAGUAGCAGCCUGGAGAGUGACAUGGACUCCUUCAUUCGCAGUGAGCUGCUGGAUACUGAUGGUUUGGAUUGCAGCUUGGAUUCUCUGACCGCUGCUCAAAACACCAUCAACCUUAAUGCGGGGAAUCUCGCUAAAUCUAAAAAGACCUCAUCCCAGGACCAGCUACCCGGUUUAGAAGCUGGUCUCUGAGGACUAGAAGAUGGGGCAAGAUAAGCUUGAGUUCCAGCUGUACUUAAAUAUUCCAUUCCCCGUAUGGUUGUUCAGCCUUGUGAAUGUAAAUGUCAGUAAGCUCAGAUAGUAAACAUAUAGAUCUGUGUUUAUUAGAUAUAUCCCCAAUGAAAGGAUCAUGUUACUUAAUUUAUUUUUUCACCACAUGUUUUGGUAAGCUGUAACAUCUGUUUGUUAUAUUUUAUAUGGCCAGAUGCAGUAGUAUGAGGUAUUAUGAAAUGAGCAACAGUAUUACAAGGUGUUUAAAAGACAUGUCAAUGUGUAGAAUAUUUUUGGCAGCAGAUUAGGUCAAUAACUUAUUAACGUUAGUUUUUUUUAUGCAAUUAAACAAUCUUUUAGCGUAAGAGUUGCAUAAGUAAAAAAAAAAAAAAACGUUAAUAAAAAUGAAUAUACUCAUGGUGGACCAUUGGGAAA